CGAAGAACAGCGAGGAAACGCCGGCUGGUUUGUGCUGUCGUCAGACGGAGACUUACAGGAAGUCGGCUUUAAACCUCUUCAAUUCUUUGUGGAGGACACCGGGAAAAAGGUAACCAAAAUAUCUUUAACAAUGGUGAAGAUUUUUGUAGGUAAUCUGCCCCGAGCGACAGACGAGGAUGAAAUCAAGGCCCUGUUCACUCAGUACGGCACAGUCACAGAAUGCGCCAUCAUCAAAAACUAUGCCUUCGUCCACAUGGAUGACCGCAAGGCCGCCACCAAAGCCAUCAAGAGUCUGCAUCUCUACAAACUUCACGGCACACCGAUCAACGUGGAGGCCAGUCAUGGGAAGAACCAGGGUUCCGUCAAGCUGCAUGUGGCAAACGUAGAGAAGGGAGCUGAUGACGAACUCCGCGCUCUUUUUGAGGAAUAUGGCACAGUCACAGAGUGUGCUGUGGUUAAGAAUUUUGCUUUUGUACACAUGUCAAACUCCGAUGAGGCCAUGGAUGCCAUAAAGGGACUGGACAACACUGAAUUUCAAGGGAAACGCAUCCAUGUUCAGAUUUCCAAGAGCCGUCCCAGACACGACGAACGGGAUGAAUACCCUCCUCCUCCUCCCGACAGGGGUGGCUACUGGCCGCCACGCUACCCAGGAGAAAGGCCCGAGCCGCCCCCACCCAGCUACUUAAGGGGCCGCAUCAGCCACAUGCCCCCAGGUUACCCUGCCCCUCCCCUGCCGCCCCCACCCCCUAGACGAGCCGUUUAUCCUGAGCGUCCCUAUGAGGGCGAGAGGGAGAGAUAUGGCGUGGUAGAUUACUAUGAGAAGUACAGAGCCCGUCCGUAUGGCAUCGCCUCCUAUGAUGACCAGCGUGCUGGCGCCCCUCCUCCUCCUCCGCCUCCCCCCUCAGCCGUCGUCCGAGACCGUCUUAUGACCUCGUCGCUCGACCCGUAUGAGCGUCGCCCCCUUCCUCCUCCUCCUCCGUCCUCGUACUACGCCCGAGAUCGCAGCCCUCUCAGGAGAGCGCCCGGCGCACCAAUGCCCCCGGCUAGUAACGGCUACUCCUAUGAGCGCUCCCAACUUUCUCCGGUUUCCCGGGUCCCUGCAUACGGAGUUCCACGUGCAAGGGACCCCUACGCAGAACGGCUGCCUCCGCCCCCGCCUGCACGCUACGCUUAUUAAGCGAGGCCUCGGCAUGUGAAGGAUUGUCGUCCGACUGCGUCGCCGCUCGCCGCCUCCUGAUGCACGUGACACUAUCCUCUUCCUGUCUGUGGCUGAGCGCGUUAACGUUCUCCUGCGAUGCUCACAGGAGGAACCGAAUUGCCGACGUCCUCGUCUGUUUCUGUUUUUAUUAAUUUGGGACAGUUUUUACACUCGUAUUUUUUUCUUUUUUGCUUCUGGUUGUUUUAGUAUGUAAUUGUGCUGUAGAGUUUUUAUUGCUUGACGUCUGGGGUAGGCGUGUUUUUUUUUUUGUACUUUUUCGUUUGAGUAACUUUACUGUAUGUGACCUUAGACACUGAAAUCAAUUCAGCGACAUCUCUAGGCGACUUUUGUGACUGUAGGUUUAACUGAACUUAACUGUUGGGUAUUAAAUCUAAGCUGCACGUUUGUUCCAUCAUUUACAACUUUUCCAUCGAAAACCAAACCUCUUUGUGGCGUUGCUGUGAAACUUUAAACUGUUAAAACGUGGGAGUUUGAUAAAUAUAGAAAGUAAGUGGGAAGCCACCGCAAAGCGUUCACAUGUCUACUGCUAAACUUUCAUUUUUCAUGACGGAUUUGGGCAGUGAUGUUCUUCACAGAUGUGGUCAGAAUGAUGCCCAGCGCCGAAACACCUCAUCAGAGCAACCGUUUAAACUGAUUCAAAUACUCCUCUGGGAGCUGUCGAAAACAUAUUUAAUAAUCAUGCGUUUGUUAGUGACGAAAUGACGGAUAAACUUGUUAACAUCGUCACGCUGAUUAAUGAAAUCUCUGGUCUUGUCAGCUGUUGUCAUCCAUCAGCGAGCCCUCUCACUUGCCCCCUCUCUGUGCCGAAAUAUUUGCUUUUCCACCUUAGAAUGGAAGUAAAGAAAGGCGUAACGCUCCAAGCUCAUUUAAGCAAAUACGAUUUCAUAGCCGAGACUAGUUUACCUUGAAUCUGGAGGGCAGAUGACAUCAAAGGCUGCUGGAGACCUUCAGAGUAAACAGGUAAGUCAAGGGUUUGAAUUGGUAACUAAUGCACUCAGCAUGUGUUGGCACUUAAAUGUUUUUGAAGUCAGUUUUCUAGCUAUUCAAAAGAGCUUUGCAGGAGUGGAAAUAAACUGUACAGAUCCAGGAACGUUAGCUAGUACAGAAAACUAUCCAGCUGUAAAUCUGCGGCUCUUUGUUUACCUGUUUUUGUAGGGGAUGUACCACUACUUGUAUAGCUGUCAGGAAGUAGAAUACCAGCAGCAGUCUUCAAAUACAGCUGAACUGGAAAACAGUGGCUGAGUUUUUGGAAAUCAGAGAAGCACUGAGGAUAGCUAGUUAAGCUGCAAAGGGGAUAGUAUUUUUGACUGAAUAUGAAGGAAGCAUUACUUUGAAAAACAAACCUGUACACAUGAAGUUAACUACAAUGAAAUGGGUACAAUAUUUUACACAAAGAUGGAUGUGAGAAACAAUACUUUGCAUUGUAUUUCCACUUUUGGACCUGCAUGAAUAAAAGAUUUGAAGCAAUUAAAA